ACAUAGCAGCGCUCGCGUUGUAUCGCAUGUCGUCUCCUCCCUCCGUCGCCUCGGCCACGGUCGCGUUCUAGUCUCCGUGCCGGGCCGCGCCCUUCCUUCCACGAACCUUCGCUCCGGUUGGACUUUCAAGCCCAGAGCCGCCAUUUUUAUACCCCCCCAAACCCUGUCCGUCCGUCCCCCAACCCCAGUAGCUCCAUCCAUGUCUCCAUCCAGACCAGUCAAUCCAUAGCUCCAUACUCGUCGCACUUAGCACGCCUCGCCUAAGCCAGAGGUUGCCAGCCAUGGACGAGGAGUUCGAGGCGCUCUCGCCGUCCCUCUUCCUCGACCUGCCGCCCACCCCGCCCCCCGCCGCCGACGUCGACCUCGACUUCAUCUCGCGCAUGCUCAUGGAGGAGGACAUCGACGACAAAUUCUUCUACCAGUACCCCGACCAGCCCGCCAUCCUCGACGCCCAGCGCCCCUAUGAGCAGAUCAUCUCCGACACCACCACCUCCUCCUCUGCCUCCCCCAACGGCACCACCUCCUCCGAUGGCAACGCCGCCACGUCCUCCUCCGAGGAGACCAACAACUCCUCCUGGCCCUACGACCCGCUCGAGCUCUCCCAGCUCCUCCGCUCCCCGCCUUACCUCGAGGACAUGUUGUUCGGCGGCCUCGUCCCCGAUUCCCCCGCCGACGAGGAUGCCAGGGACUCGUUCCUUGCUGACGCCCCGGCUGCGGGGUUCCAGCAGAGUCCGGCGCAAUUCAAGGGCGCGGCCGACUGGGCCAGCGCGUUCUCCAGCCAGAACGGCGGAAGCCCGGGCACCCAGAGUUCGGCCGUCUUGAAUGGUCCGGCGGAGGAGAAGGAGGCCGAGCGGAAGCCGCCGGUGAUGUUUUCCGCUGGCGACGGCGGCCAGGACGGGCUGCUCUCGGCCUUCUUCAGCAACGGCGGCGACAUGGACAUGCUCAACUCGGCCUUCCUCAAGGGCAUGGAGGAGGCCAACAAGUUCUUGCCGACCAACAACACCCUCCUCGAGGCCAUCCCCGGCAAGGAGCGCGGCUUCACCGUCAAGAAGAAGGAGGAGGUGGCGAACGGGACGCCGACGUCCGGCAAUGGCCGGGGCCGCAAGUACAGGCACGACGAGGACGACCUGGAGGCGGAGACCGCCAGGAGCAGCAAGCUGAUGACGCCGGACAACGAGGAGACCGGCGCGCGCGAGAUGUUCGACGAAAUAAUGCUGGAGGAGUACGAGAAGUGCAUACAGGGGAUAGAGGAGCUGCGCCUCGUCAUGGACAGCGAGGCCAAGAAGAAGAGCGGGAAGGCGGCGCGCGCAAAGAAGAGCGAGGCGGUCGACCUGCGCACCAUGCUCGUCCACUGCGCGCAGGCCGUGGCCGCGGGCGACCGCCGGGGCGCGACGGAGCUGCUCCGGCAGAUCAAGCAGCACUCCGGGCCGACGGGAGACGCCACGCAGAGGCUGGCGCACUGCUUCGCCGACGGGCUGGAAGCGCGGCUGGCGGGCACGGGGAGCCAGGUCUACCAGUCGCUGGUGGCGAAGCGCACCUCGGUGGUGGAGUUCCUCAAGGCCUACAAGCUGUUCAUGGCGGCCUGCUGCUUCAAGAAGGCCAACUUCGGGUUCGCCAACAAGACCAUCCUGAACGCCGUGGCCGGGAAGCGCCGCCUGCACAUCGUGGACUUCGGGGUGCAGUACGGGCUCCAGUGGCCGGGCCUGAUGCGGUGGCUGGCGCAGAGGGACGGCGGGCCCCCAGAGGUGAGGAUCACGGGCAUCGACCUCCCGCAGCCCGGGUUCCGCCCGGCGCGCCAGGUCGAGGAGACGGGCCGCCGGCUCAGCAGCUGCGCCCGCGAGCUGGGCGUGCCGUUCAGGUUCCACGGUGUGGCCGCCAGGUGGGACUCCGUGCGCGGCGAGGACCUGCGCAUCGACCCGGGCGAGGUGCUCGUCGUGCACUGCCAGUGCGGCCUGAGCAACCUGAUGGACGACAGCGUGGCGGUGACCACGGACGGCGGCCCGAGCCCGAGGGACGUGGUGCUGCGGAACAUCCGGGACAUGAGGCCCGACGUGUUCGUGGAGUGCGUGACGAACGGCGGCUACGGCGCGCCCUUCUUCGUGACGCGGUUCAGGGAGGCCAUGUUCUUCUACUCGGCGCACUUCGACAUGCUGGACGCGACCCUCCCGCGGGACAACGAGGAGCGGCUGCUGAUCGAGCGGGACAUCAUCGGGCGGGGCGCGCUGAACGUGAUCGCCUGCGAGGGAGCCGACCGGGUGGAGCGGCCGGAGACGUACCGGCAGUGGCAGGCGCGGAACCGCCGGGCGGGGCUCCGGCAGCUGCCGCUGGACCCGGAGGUGGUCGGGAUGGUGAGGGAGAAGGUGAGGGAGCACUACCACAAGGACUUCCUCGUCGACGUUGAUCACCAGUGGCUGCUGCAGGGGUGGAAAGGCAGGGUGCUCUACGCUCUCUCCACAUGGGUUGCCGACGAUGAUAGCUUAGAUGCCUAGAUGAGUCUUUCAGAAAUCUAUGGUUCAGUGGGCUGCCGUUUCAGGAUGGCUUGGACUGAUGGUGGCACCUGUAUGGUAGAAAUAAGUAGUAGAGAUGCAACAAGAAUACAACUGUACUAUGUAAAUUACUCCCUCCAUUCUAAAAUAGAUGACUCAACUUUGUACCAACUUUAGUAUAAAAUUGAGUCAUCUAUUUUGGAACGGAGGGAGUAGAUGCUUAGAGAUGCAUAUGAUUUGUUUAGGCAUAUGUUUAUGGACAUUGCUUCAGAGCUGCGCUAAUGUACUCCAAAUGAAGAACCCUGGUUUUGUUGUCCUUGUGUAUGGCUCCGUGCUGGCCGGUGACUUGGUUGGGUCUUCAAGGCCGGCCACGGUUACCGGGUUGCGGGCGGCGUUGGGAUACGUCUUUAUGGUGCGGCUCCGCGCGGAUUCAGUCACCUGCGGGAUCGGAGUGGUGAAACCGCCGGCGAAAAUUGCGCCGGCUUUGGUCAUGGCGGACGAUGGCGGCGUCUUUGGCAUCGUCGUUGUAGUCUGCCUCAUCUCGCUCGGGCUGUUCUGUGGAAACCCUAGGUUUGGGUCUUCCGGAUCGGACGAUGAGGACGCCUUUGGUGUCGUUCUCCAUCUCCGGGACAUCGUUUUUGAACAGGUAUUCGCUGGAGGGGCCAAGAAGUGAAGCGGUGUUAUAUCUACCGCAUCGACGGCAGCGAGUCUCGACGGCAUGGCACAACGAAAUCUCAAUGAUGGACGCGCGUAGGAUGGUUGUGAUGUCUCUCCGUGUGCCACAACGAGAUCUCAUCUGAAGGAUGGCAUGUCAUCCUGGUAGAUAAUGCAAGAAUAAUCAUUGAAAUGUACCAUUUUUUUACCUAGUGACUUCUUGUAACAUCUGCUUGAUGUAAACCCCCACUUUGUACAUCAUCACUACUAGUUAUAAAAAAAAGACAAAGGAGUAGAGGUCUUCCCUAUUGUAAUUGGUCAAAAGAAAAAAUCACGGAACAAUGGUUAUCAGAAACACUCCGUACAUCUCAAUUUAUUAUCAACCACCAACAAUUAAUCGAAGAAUUAUGAAGCCUAACAAACAAAUCCUAUACAAAUAAGGGAGUGAUCCUACGGAAAUCCAAUUUGGCUCUUGGGAGCAUAUGCUCCUGCCCAUGAAAAAUGUUUUUUCCAAAUGUCAAAA